AUGGAUUCCCUUCUUUGCAUUAGGUUUGGAGCAACCCUUGCCAGUUUGAACUUCGGUCUGAUUUUGUUUCCUCGGAAAGGAACUCCAGGGACGCAAGCCAGGAAGCACAUGGUAAGCUGUUCGUUUAUCGCACAAUGUUGGUUGCUACAAUGCAUUUUGUGCUCUGGAGGCUGGUGCGAGUUUCAGAACGAGAUUGUGGAAGAGCGACAUUGUCAGCCUUCCACGGACUUGGAAGGUCAAAAUGCGCAUCAUGAAGACAUCUCAUGUUGA